AUGCUUACCGGUACGUCCGUGCCGUACGAUCCUGCAGCGGAGAAUGUAGCACAGUGUCAGGACCAUGAUCGAGCUAACGCAUUAAACGGUACGGCAUCCUCUACCACAGCAACCGGUGGUGUCGCAUCGGCUGCUGCUUCAUCCGGCGCAUCCUCUUCGACGACGUUGCUGAAGAAUGUCCCCAUAAGAGCAAUCGUGUUUUCUGACCAAUCGAGCAUUGCUAACGAUACGACCACGUCGCAUUUACGACCCGCUACGCCAUCUUCCCUCCGGCCGGAUGGCGCCCUUGAAAGGCGUGGAUUUGCCGAAGAAGGGGAGGAAGAAUGUUCCUUACCGUCACCACCACCACCACCACCGCCGUCGAUACAAACGUUGCCAGUGAUGCAGAUGCAAGCGCUUCAUUUACACCACCAGCCCGCUCCGCAGUAUCCGUCAGAUCCGAUGGGCACGACGCAUAAUCCAUCGAGCUCCUCCACCGGCCGCUCGUGCUUUUCUCCGCCACCACCGGCAAUUGUGACUACCGCGCUAAUGAGUUCCACUGGGACGCAUGCGAUGUCUGGCGGUGCUGGUAGUUCUUCCGGUAGACAAUUACCACCGUAUCCGCCGGCGGUGCCACUUCCCAAACCGACACCCAUUUGGAUUACACCGGGCCAACAUUCAUCGGGCAGCACGGGUGGUAAUGCGCUCGGGAGGGAUAGGUCAGUGUCGGCGGCAUAUUCGACAGCAUCCACCAUAACCGUGGCUACCGGCAGCAACAGCCCGGCAGUAGUUUCGACUGUGCCUAUUCUGCGUACGUUCGGUGCCUCGGCGGGCUCAAGACAAAAUUCCUUCGGCAGCUAA